UCGUAAAAGUGUCGUCUCCGGCGCGUCGGGCUGGCCACAGGUUUCCGCUCGCUGGCGGCCGGGGAUCGGGAACUGCGGGCGUUCGUUUCCCUUAAGAUGGCGGACGACGAGACGGACGGCGCCGAGAGGAUGGACGUCAGCCCCGAGCCUCCCCGGGCCCCUCAGCGGCCGAGCUCGUGGUGGGAUCAACAAGCUGAUUUUUAUACUGCUUUCUUACAUCAUUUGGCACAAUUAGUGCCAGAAAUUUAUUUUGCUGAGAUGGACCCAGAUUUGGAAAAGCAAGAAGAGAAUGUACAAAUGUCAAUAUUCACUCCAUUGGAAUGGUACUUAUUUGGAGAGGAUCCGGAUAUUUGUUUAGAGAAGUUGAAGCACAGUGGAGCAUUUCAAUUGUGUGGGAAGGUUUUCAAAAGUGGAGAAACAACGUAUUCUUGUAGGGAUUGUGCGAUUGAUCCGACAUGUGUUCUCUGUAUGGACUGCUUCCAGAGUAGUGUUCAUAAAAACCAUCGUUACAAGAUGCAUACUUCUACUGGAGGAGGGUUCUGUGACUGUGGAGACACAGAAGCAUGGAAAACUGGCCCCUUUUGUGUGGAUCAUGAACCUGGAAGAGCAGGCACUACAAAAGAGACCUUGCAUUGCCCAUUGAAUGAAGAGGUAAUUGUUCAAGCCAGGAAAAUAUUCCCUUCAGUGAUAAAAUACAUUGUAGAAAUGACCAUAUGGGAAGAAGAAAAGGAACUGCCUCCUGAACUGCAGAUAAGGGAGAAAAAUGAAAGAUACUAUUGUGUCCUUUUCAAUGAUGAACACCACUCAUAUGAUCAUGUAAUAUACAGUCUACAAAGAGCUCUUGACUGUGAGCUUGCAGAGGCACAGUUGCACACCACUGCUAUAGACAAAGAGGGUCGCCGGGCUGUCAAAGCAGGUGUUUAUGCUGCUUGCCAGGAAGCAAAGGAGGAUAUAAAGAGUCAUUCAGAAAACGUCUCUCAGCACCCACUCCACGUGGAAGUGCUACACUCCGUGGUUAUGGCUCACCAGAAAUUCGCUUUGCGCCUUGGCUCCUGGAUGAACAAAAUUAUGAGCUAUUCAAGUGACUUUAGGCAGAUCUUUUGCCAAGCCUGCCUCAUAGAAGAACCUGGCUCUGAAAACCCCUGUUUUAUAAGCAGACUGAUGCUUUGGGACGCAAAGCUUUAUAAAGGUGCCCGUAAGGUCCUUCAUGAGUUGAUCUUCAGUAGUUUUUUUAUGGAGAUGGAAUACAAAAAACUCUUUGCUAUGGAAUUUGUGAAGUAUUAUAAACAACUGCAGAAAGAGUAUAUCAGCGAUGAUCAUGAUCGGAGCAUCUCGAUAACUGCACUGUCUGUUCAGAUGUUUACCGUCCCGACCCUGGCCCGACAUCUUAUUGAAGAACAGAAUGUUAUUUCUGUCAUUACUGAAACUCUGCUAGAAGUUUUACCUGAGUACUUGGACAGGAACAAUAAAUUCAACUUCCAGGGCUAUAGCCAGGACAAACUGGGAAGAGUAUAUGCAGUAAUAUGUGAUCUAAAAUAUAUCCUGAUAAGCAAGCCUCUAAUAUGGACAGAAAGGUUAAGAGUGCAGUUCCUUGAAGGGUUCCGGUCCUUUCUGAAGAUUCUUACCUGUAUGCAGGGCAUGGAAGAAAUCAGGAGACAAGUUGGACAACACAUUGAAGUAGACCCUGACUGGGAGGCUGCCAUUGCUAUACAGAUGCAGCUCAAGAAUAUUUUGCUCAUGUUGCAAGAGUGGUGUGCUUGUGAUGAAGAUCUCUUGCUAGUGGCUUAUAAAGAAUGUCACAAAGCUGUGAUGAGGUGCAGCACAAAUUUCAUGUCUAGUGCCAAGACAGUAGUACAAUUGUGUGGUCAUAUUUUGGAAACCAAGUCCUACAAAGUGUCUGAGGACCUUGUAAGCAUACAUCUACCACUCUCUAGAACUCUUGCUGGUCUUCAUGUACGUUUAAGCAGACUAGGUGCUGUUUCGAGACUGCAUGAAUUUGUGCCUUUUGAGGGCUUUCAAGUAGAGGUCCUAGUGGAGUACCCUUUGCGCUGUCUGGUGCUGGUUGCCCAGGUUGUUGCUGAGAUGUGGCGAAGAAAUGGGCUGUCUCUCAUUAGCCAGGUUUUUUAUUACCAGGAUGUUAAAUGCAGGGAAGAAAUGUAUGACAAAGAUAUCAUCAUGCUUCAGAUUGGAGCGUCUAUAAUGGAUCCCAACAAGUUCUUGUUACUGGUACUUCAGAGGUAUGAACUUGCUGAUGCUUUUAACAAGACCAUAUCCACAAAAGACCAGGAUUUGAUUAAGCAGUAUAAUACAUUAAUAGAAGAAAUGCUUCAGGUCCUCAUCUAUAUUGUGGGAGAGCGUUAUGUACCUGGAGUGGGAAAUGUUACCAAAGAAGAAGUCAUAAUGAGAGAGAUUAUUCAUUUGCUUUGCAUUGAGCCCAUGCCACACAGUGCCAUUGCCAGAAACCUACCUGAGAAUGAAAAUAACGAAACUGGCUUAGAGAAUGUCAUAAACAAAGUGGCCACAUUUAAGAAACCAGGUGUAUCAGGCCAUGGAGUGUAUGAACUGAAAGAUGAAUCACUGAAAGACUUCAAUACGUACUUUUACCAUUACUCUAAAACACAGCAUAGCAAGGCUGAACAUAUGCAGAAGAAAAGGAGAAAACAAGAAAAUAAAGAUGAAGCAUUGCCACCGCCACCUCCUCCUGAGUUCUGUCCUGCUUUCAGCAAAGUAAUCAACCUUCUCAACUGUGAUGUUAUGAUGUACAUUCUCAGGACCAUAUUUGAGCGGGCAGUAGACACAGAUUCUAAUUUGUGGACAGAAGGGAUGCUCCAAAUGGCAUUCCACAUACUGGCACUGGGCUUGCUGGAGGAGAAGCAACAGCUUCAGAAAGCUCCUGAAGAAGAAGUGACGUUCGAUUUCUACCAUAAGGCCUCAAGAUUGGGAAGUUCAGCCAUGAAUGCUCAGAAUAUACAAAUGCUUUUGGAAAAACUCAAAGGAAUUCCCCAAUUAGAAGGCCAGAAGGACAUGAUUACAUGGAUACUCCAGAUGUUUGACACCGUGAAGCGAUUAAGAGAGAAAUCUUCUUUAGUUGUGGCUACCACUUCAGGUUUGGAGUCCAUUAAGAGUGAUGAGAUUACUCAUGAUAAAGAAAAAGCGGAACGCAAGAGAAAAGCGGAAGCUGCUAGGCUACACCGCCAGAAGAUCAUGGCCCAGAUGUCUGCCUUACAGAAAAACUUCAUCGAAACUCACAAACUCAUGUAUGACAGUACAUCAGAAAUGUCAGGGAAGGAAGACUCCAUCAUGGAGGAAGAGAGCACUUCAGCCGUCAGUGACCACUCUAGAAUUGCUUUGGGUCCUAAACGGGGUCCAGCUGUUACUGAAAAGGAGGUGCUGACGUGUAUCCUCUGCCAAGAAGAACAAGAGGUGAAACUAGAAAACAAUGCCAUGGUAUUAUCAGCCUGUGUCCAGAAAUCCACCGCCUUAACCCAACACAGGGGGAAACCCAUAGACCUCUCAGGGGAAACCCUGGACCCUCUUUUCAUGGAUCCAGACCUUGCACAUGGAACUUAUACAGGAAGCUGUGGUCAUGUAAUGCAUGCAGUAUGCUGGCAGAAGUAUUUUGAAGCUGUACAGCUAAGCUCUCAGCAGCGCAUUCAUGUUGACCUGUUUGACUUGGAGAGUGGAGAGUACCUGUGCCCGCUCUGCAAGUCUCUGUGCAACACGGUCAUCCCCAUCAUUCCUGUGCAGCCGCAGAAGAUCAACAGUGAGAAUGCAGAGGCUCUUUCUCAACUUUUGACCUUGGCCCGGUGGAUACAGACAGUUCUUGCCAGAAUAUCAGGUUAUAAUAUGAAGCAUGCUAAAGGAGAACCUCAAGCAGUUCCUGUCCUGUUUCAUCAAGGAAUGGGAGAUUCAACUUUUGAGUUUCAUUCCAUCCUGAGUUUUGGAGUUCAAUCCUCGGUGAAAUAUUCUAAUAGUAUCAAGGAAAUGGUCAUUCUCUUUGCCACAACCAUUUACAGAAUUGGACUGAAAGUGCCUCCUGAUGAACUAGAUCCACGAGUUCCAAUGAUGACCUGGAGCACAUGUGCUUUCACUAUCCAGGCAAUUGAGAACCUAUUGGGAGAUGAAGGGAAACCUCUAUUUGGAGCACUUCAAAAUAGGCAGCAUAAUGGGCUGAAAGCUUUAAUGCAGUUUGCAGUUGCACAGAGGAUUACCUGUCCUCAGGUCCUGAUACAGAAACAUCUGGUUCGGCUCCUAUCAGUUGUUCUUCCUAACCUGCAAUCAGAAGAUACACCAUGCCUUCUAUCUGUAGAUCUAUUUCAUGUCUUGGUAGCUGCUGUGUUAGCAUUCCCGUCCUUGUACUGGGAUGACACCGUUGACCUGCAGCCUUCGUCAGUUAGUUCCUCAUAUCAUCACCUUUAUCUCUUCCAUUUGAUCACCAUGGCACAUAUGCUUCAGAUACUUCUUACAGUAGACACAGGGUUCCCCCUUGCUCGGGGUGAAGAGGACAGUGAAGAGGCUCGGUGUGCAUCUGCGUUCUUUGCAGAAGUUUCACAGUACACGGAUGGAUUCAUUGGCUGUGGCAUUCCUGGCUGGUAUCUGUGGGUCUCACUGAAGAAUGGCAUCACCCCUUAUCUUCGCUGUGCUGCAUUGUUUUUCCACUACUUACUUGGGGUGACCCCACCGGAAGAACUGUUUGCCAAUUCUGCUGAAGGAGAGUACAGUGCACUCUGUAGCUAUCUAUCUUUACCCACAAACUUAUUCCUGCUUUUCCAGGAAUAUUGGGAUACCAUAAAGCCCUUACUGCAGAGGUGGUGUGCAGAUCCUGCCUUACUUAACUCUUUGAAGCAGAAAAGUGCUGUGGUCAGGUACCCUAGAAAAAGAAAUAGUUUGAUAGAGCUUCCCGAUGACUACAGCUGUCUUCUAAAUCAAGCUUCUCAUUUUAGGUGUCCUCGGUCUGCAGAUGAUGAGCGAAAGCAUCCUGUCCUCUGUCUUUUCUGUGGGGCCAUCCUAUGUUCUCAGAACAUUUGUUGCCAAGAAAUAGUGAAUGGGGAAGAGGUUGGAGCUUGUGUUUUUCAUGCACUUCAUUGUGGUGCUGGAGUCUGCAUUUUCCUGAAAAUCCGAGAAUGCAGAGUGGUCCUGGUGGAAGGAAAAGCCAGAGGCUGUGCUUACCCAGCCCCUUACUUAGAUGAGUAUGGAGAAACAGACCCUGGGCUAAAGAGGGGAAACCCACUUCAUUUAUCUCGGGAGCGAUAUCGGAAGCUGCAUUUGGUCUGGCAGCAGCACUGCAUUAUUGAAGAGAUUGCUCGGAGCCAGGAGACUAAUCAGAUGCUGUUUGGAUUCAACUGGCAGUUACUGUGACCUCCAAGUCUGCCUCAAGACAAUCAUGAGUGACAUCAAUAAUAAAGACUGAUUUAAAA